AUGGAGGGUCUGUGGUGUGGUGCUGGAAGUGGUGGUAGUAGCGGUGGUAGAGGUGGUGGUGUGUCGCAGCGGUGUUCCGGUGAGGCUUUCCUGCGCGGGAAAAAAGACACACUUCUCUGGAAUCCUCUCCUGCAACACCUGAGCGAUGGCAGCGAGGCUUGUGGCGGUCCUGGCGGUGGUAGCCGUCGUCUUGGCAGAUCAUCUCCCGCAUGGCAGCAACACCGCCCCACGGCACCAACAAACAGUACAUGUAAAUCGGGCGCCUGCGCCAGCACCAGCCGUCCACGUGCAGCAGGCAUCUGUCAGACACUCUCCUCGCCCCGCUGUGCGCCACCUGUCCCCCACCCCUUCAGUACCCCGCAGCCCACCUACGGCCAGCACCCGACUCACCCCACCUACAGGCCUCGCCCCACCUACACGCCCACCACCCCAGCAUAUGGCGCCCACCCCCACGGCCCCGCCCCAGCCCCAUCCUACGGCUCCGACCAGCCCGCCUGCGCCGCCACCUCCGGCAAGCCGUGGUGCCUCGAGGACAGGGACUACCCCACCUACGAGAUCCAGGCAGCAGCGGAGCAAAACGCGGACAAGCUGCUCACCCUGUACGCCGACGUUGCUGACCUCAACACUGAGCUGUCCGUCGACCUGCCCAGCUAUCAGACGGAGGAGACCUACCUCUGCCCCUCGGAGACCGCCUACGUCAGGCCGCUGCGUGCCAUCAACACAGAGGGCAAGUGGCGCAUCAUUGUGAACGGCAUCAAGGUGCACUACGAGACCCUCACGCAGACCACCCGCCUGGAGGAGUGCCUCAACCCUGGCUACCCGUGCCCCCUCGUGCCUCAGUGCUACGAAUCGAAGUGCCUGCAGAAGUCCAUCUACCACCGCUUCCUCGUCUACGACCCCUACGACCAGUACUUCCCCUUCGCCGUGGAGACCUUCAAGCUGCCCGCCAGCUGCGCCUGCCUCCUCGGUGCCUCCACCCUCGAUCACUAACAACAAUACUGACAACAACAACAACAACAACAACAAGUAGCAAGAACAAGACAACUCUCAAUGCCUCCAGAAUCCGCCCAUUGCUUUACGCCUGAAGUCUUCGUGCCCUUCAAUCCCUAGUCCCUGAGACCCAAGUCCCGCCCCGGCGCAGCCUCGGCGACACGUGAAGAAAGCAGUUCUCUAGUCAUCUCGGUGCUCAACACAACUUUGACUUCAUUGUUCACCACGACAUUACUACCUAUUUAUAAUCAGGAUGUCAUUCUGACCCAAUAAACAACAGCGCAUCA